AUGAUGCCUAUGAGACCUUCUAAAAGCGCCAUGCGCGCUCUGCAUUAUCAGAGGUAUAUCGCCUCCGGCAGAAUGACUUUUACCACUGCUUCCGUUGCUGCGACCGCGCCCCACCGCUUUUCAGCUCAGAAGAGAUUCCAGAGCACCGCAACUGCCCCGGCUGAAGGCACAAGACCUGUCCCCAGCCCUGCCUUCAACCAGGAACCUCACCGCAAUGAGGUCUCGCCACUGCAAAAUCGCCAGGUCCCCGAACUGGACGACUCUUUUGUCGGACUCAGUGGAGGAGAGAUCUUUCAUGAGAUGAUGCUGCGUCUUGGCGUCAAGCAUGUCUUUGGUUACCCUGGAGGUGCCAUUCUUCCCGUCUUCGAUGCUAUUUACAACUCCAAACACUUCGACUUCGUUCUUCCGAGACAUGAACAGGGCGCCGGACACAUGGCCGAAGGCUACGCCCGUGCCUCUGGAAAGCCCGGUGUCGUCCUUGUCACCUCCGGCCCUGGAGCCACCAACGUUAUCACCCCCAUGCAGGAUGCCCUCUCGGACGGUACCCCCAUGGUCGUCUUCUGCGGUCAGGUGCCUACCAGCCUGAUCGGUACCGAUUCUUUCCAGGAAGCCGAUGUUAUCGGUAUCUCUCGCGCUUGCACCAAGUGGAACGUCAUGGUCAAGUCCGUCGCUGAACUCCCCCGUCGCAUCCAGGAGGCCUUCGAAAUCGCCACCAGCGGCCGCCCCGGACCUGUCCUCGUCGAUCUGCCCAAGGAUAUUACCGCCGGUAUUCUCCGUAAACCCAUCCCCAUGAACAGCACCCUGCCCUCUCUCCCCAGCGCUGCGACCAUGGCCGCCCGCGAACUGAGCAUGCAGCAGCUGCAGGGUACCAUCAACCGUGUGGCCCGCCUCGUGAACGUUUCCAAGAAGCCCAUCCUGUAUGUGGGUCAGGGUCUCCUUGCUCGCCCUGAAGGACCCCAGAUCUUGAAGGAGCUGGCCGACAAGGCUUGCAUUCCGGUCACCACCACUCUCCAGGGUCUGGGUGGGUUCGACGAAACGGACCCCAAGGCCCUGCACAUGCUGGGAAUGCACGGAUCUGCCUAUGCCAACAUGGCCAUGCAGGAGGCUGAUCUCAUCAUCGCUAUCGGUGCUCGCUUCGAUGACCGUGUGACUGGUAACAUCUCCAAGUUUGCCCCCCAGGCCAAGCUUGCUGCCUCGGAGAACCGUGGUGGUAUCGUCCACUUUGAAAUCAUGCCCAAGAACAUCAACAAGGUUGUCCAGGCCAACGAGGCUGUUGAGGGUGACUGUGCUGAGAACAUCCGUCUCCUCCUGCCCCACGUCGAGCCCGUUGCUGAGCGCAAGGAGUGGUUCGAGCAGAUCAACGACUGGAAGGCUCGCUUCCCCUUCUCCCUUUAUGAGAAGCAGACUGCUGAAGGACCCAUCAAGCCCCAGGCUGUGAUUGAGAAGCUCAGCGAUCUCACCGCUCACAUGAAGGACCGCACUGUCAUCACUACUGGUGUCGGUCAGCAUCAGAUGUGGGCUGCUCAGCACUUCCGCUGGCGCCACCCCCGUACCAUGAUCACCUCUGGUGGUCUUGGAACUAUGGGAUACGGUCUCCCCGCUGCCAUUGGUGCCAAGGUUGCCCGCCCUGACGCUCUUGUCGUUGAUAUCGAUGGUGAUGCCUCGUUCAACAUGACCCUGACUGAGCUCACCACUGCUGCUCAGUUCAACAUUGGUGUGAAGGUUCUCCUCCUGAACAACGAGGAACAGGGUAUGGUGACGCAAUGGCAGAACCUGUUCUACGAGGACCGGUACUCGCACACUCACCAGAAGAACCCCGACUUCGUUCCCAUGGCCCAGUCCAUGGGUGUUGCUGCCGACCGCUGCACCAAGCCCUCGGAGGUUGAGGCGAAGCUCAAGUGGCUGAUCGAGCAGGACGGCCCUGCCCUUCUGGAAGUGUUUACUGAUCGCAAGGUGCCUGUGCUCCCCAUGGUGCCCGCUGGCUGUGCCCUGCACGAGUUCCUUGUCUAUGACGAAGCCAAGGAGAAGGAGCGCAAGGCUCUGAUGAAGAAGCGGAAAGUUCCCGGUUUCUAA